AUGCUAAUAGAAUAUAGAGUAUACAGCUACCCUUGGCAAGAUCUCAUGCUCGUCAAGCACGGUGUGGGCUUUGCAGCAGCAAAGGCACUCGCAAGUGCCUCCAACAUUUUCCAAGUCAUAUUAGCGAGUCGCUCUCUCUCGAAGGGCAGCACCGUAAAGGCCGAAAUUGAAGCAGGAGGCAUCAAAGACAAGGUUUCAGUCUCCAAAGCCGUAGUCCAUGUACAACAAUUUGGACGAUUGGGCGUGCCCAUAAACGACGCGGGCCUCUUGGGAACCAUGGAGGACAACAUUAAGACUCGAAACCCGAAUUCACUUUCCGUGAGUUGCGGCCAGGGGACACUCGUUCGCAAUACCGCGAGGAAUGUAAGCGCGGAUUGGAACAUCAGGAAUGGGGAUGGGUAUGUGGCGAGCAAGGCAGCGCUGAAUAUUCUUGUCGCGCUGGAGCAUGCGGAAUUUGGGGAGAAGAGGUUGAAGGUAUUUGCUGCCAGCCUGUGGUGUGUGAGGAGUAAUUUGAGGGGAGAGAGCGAGCAGGCGAGGAGCGGGUGGAGAGGGGUAGGGGAUGCGGAGGUGGCUGGAGAGUUGGUGUUGAGUAUUGUGGAAGGGAAGUGGGAUGCUGAUGUUGGGUGUUUGGUUUAUAAGGAUGGGAUUUAUGCUUGGUGA